CCGUACACACAUAGAAACUUCACCUCCUCCUACUACUGACUCCUCCCCCCCACAACACCACUCAAGAGGGUUUUGGACCGACAAUCCCAAUGCUCACUCGGCCCAUCCGUAAUAGAAUGAGUGCAAGCCCUGAGGUAAGCUUGUUAUCGAAGAAGGCGUCCUUUUAUUUUUUGCUAUUAGCCCAUUUCCUACCCUUUUUGAUUUUUUGAUUUUUUUUAUGUGGUCGUUGUUGUCGUGCCUUGACCUAUAGGAGUGCUGACGGAACGGAAAAAAUGUCUCAACAGUCGAGUCAAGACUUCCCUGAUGACAGUGACACGCAGUCGUUGACGGCCAGUGUGACGGACUAUCCCAUCGAACAUGGACGGCGGUACCAUAGAUAUCAUGAGGGUGCCUACCUCUAUCCCAACGACGAGCAGGAACUCGAUCGUUUAGAUAUGCAGCACCAUAUGUUCAAGCUCAUCAACAAGGGUCGCUUGUUCUUUGCCCCCGUGGAGAAUCCCCAGCGGAUUCUCGACAUUGGUACGGGCUCCGGUAUCUGGCCGAUGGAAAUGGCAUCCAUCUUUCCACAGACCGAAAUCGUAGGCACAGACCUCUCACCCGUCCAGCCGACAGAAGUACCCGAAAACGUCCAUUUCCUCGUCGACGAUGCCACCGAAGAUGACUGGUUAUGGGAACAUGACCAUUUCGACUUCAUCCACAUCUCCCACCUGUCGGGAUCUCUGCCCUCGUACAAAGCCUUGCUCUGCAAGGCCAUGCGUCACCUCAAACCCGGCGGCUACAUCGAAUGCCACGAGCUCGACCCCAUGCCUCGUUGCGACGAUGGCACAAUGCCACCAGGAAACCCAGAUGGCUUCUGCGAUUAUGCCCUGUAUGACUGGUUCGAUCUCAAUGUGCGAUCGGGCCAGGCGUCGGAUCCGCCUAGGCAGUUCCGGGUUGCUCCCCGUAUGGCCCGGUUCAUGAAUGAUUUGGGGUUUGUUGAUGUACAGACUCGCAAGUCCAUGCUGCCCACUAAUUCAUGGCCAUCGGAUCCACAUCUGAAGAAUAUCGGCUCGUGGAGCGAGACCAAUUGGCUCGAGGCGUUGUCGGGUUGGUCGUACAAGCCCCUGAUGAUCCUGGGUUGGUCGAAGCCUGAGAUUGAGGUCUUUCUCGUCGAGGUGAGGAGGAGUAUCCAGAACCGUGACAUCCAUAGCUACACAGAGUAUCAUGUGGUGACUGGGAGGAAGCCACUUCCUGGGGACGACGAUUUCCUCGCGACGGCGUUUCGACGAUUCGCGAAUGGUGGUAAUACUGGGCGAAAACAACAGCGGCGGUAUGAGAGUCGGGCUCCCGGUCCGUUGGAGGCGAGGAGGCGGUUGGCGAAAAGGAGGAAUACGGCGUUGGCGAGUAUUGCGGGGUCUGGGCCAUUGGGGGAUAUUUCGUGCUUGUUUGGGAGGAAUGGGAGGGAGCAUAUGAAGUGGACAGAUACGAGGGAGAAGAAGGGGGAGGAUCAGGCACGGCCUUUGGUUCCGCUAGGUGAUGCUUUUCCGUUUUAUGAGAAGAAUACUGGUCUGAGUGGGCUGGGAGGCUCGCCGGCUGAAGUUGUAAUAAGUGAUAGCGCUGCUCGGGAGAAGUUCCUGGAGGAAUACUUGGAGAGCAAUUGGUCGACGGCAGCUAUCAAGGGGAUCCUCAACGAGUUGGAUAUUAAUCUGCAGUAUGAGCCGGCUUACAGUCGCAAAAUAAUGAGCUACCUGCUCACCAAGUCGGUCCGUACAAAAGCUGUUGAUGGAUCAUUAUUUCGUUUCCUGGACGAUUUGACGUUAAAUAUCAGAGGCGCGGGGAACUAUGCAGCUGCUGUCGAGCAUCUUGCCCAUCAUGAAACCCGCUUAAACCAGAGAAGCGGCUGUCUCAGUGCGAUUGCUCGCGCGCUGGAACUUGGAACAAUCCCGCCUGAUGAGAUUCGCGCUAUUGUUAAGAGAAUUCCGAAGAUCCGUGGCGUCAAGCCUAAUCCGAAGUAUAUGAUUGACUGGUACCAGCAAAUGUGGGAUGCAAUUGGUCGCUGCGAUAUAUUUACGCAUGGUGAUUUGGACGCGGGGACUGUGGAUGCUUGGCUGGAGAUACUGGAGCAGCGGCACUCAGCUGCAGGCAUGGAUUUGGCCUUGAAAAUAAUCCAGAAAACUCAAGGGUCGCAUUCAGCUUGCUGGUGGGUACCGAGGUUCAUCAUGCGAUGGUUGGAUCUGCAAGUAAAGAUGGGUUCUGAAGUUGAUGGAACUUUUGUCUCUGAGCUCUUGGGCCAUUUCGACCCGAACCUCGCGUCGGAGUAUAUGAUCCGCGUAACUGAAAACCUGACCUUUUCAGAGAAAAAUCAUCAUAGGAGGUUGCUUCUGGAAAAGUGGCAAGACUGUCUGUUUGAGCUUCAAGAUGUGAGGUCUCUUAUGUUUUCACCAGCCUGGUUAGAUUUGAAUUCGCAGAAGGCUGCAACGCCCGACAGCGAGGUUAUGGAGCUCUCAACCGACCAGAUCAUUCUCCGCCUCUGGGUUCUACGAACUCUAAGUGAACACUUCGGACCUCCCUGGAAACGCUCGAAACAUAUUGAUGCACCUAUAACCCAACUCUUCGACCGUUACGAAUCCAUCACCAAACAAGUAGCCGAAGGAGACUUCCUAAGCAACCUCAUGAAAGACAUUCACGAUCUGGACAUCCCCUUCAGCAGCCUAAUGAUGCUAGCUGUGGACAUGAAGAUCCGCAAGAACAUGACCAAAGCCACCCGCAACGCCCUACAACGACUAGAACGCUCCCGAAUCUCCUUCGCAGACCUCUUCACAGACCUACACACGUACAACUCCAGCAAAUCGCUCUUCUUCAGCUCCUUCGAAGAAACGGUAUCCAGGGUCGACGUCUCCAGCGUAGCAUUUACCAACCACGUCGUCCAUCUCGCCAAAACGGGAGACUCGAAGAGUGUCUGGACGCUCAUCCGUCUUCUUCGCGCUCAUACACCCCUCAAAAUCUCCCUCGCCAAAUCCUGGCCUGUUCCGGAUACCAUUGACCAAUCCAUCACCAUCCCCAAUACAACAUCAGAACCCCAGCACAACCUUCCAAAUCCCCACGAUUCCCUCGAAAUGAUCCACAUCCUCGCCAUCGUCCUCUCCUGCUCUAAAAACCUCACCCCGCGCCGCUCCUUCCAUCUCGUCCACUGGCUUUACGAUUUCCUAAUGACGCAUAAUGCGCCUGUAAAGCCCUCGCUUAUACGUGCUAUGUACCAUGCGGGGAUUAUUAGGUAUCAGAGGGAGGGGUUGAGGGUGGCGCCCACGAGAUAUUUGUAUAUUUGGGAGUUGGUGAAGAGGUUUGAGGAUGCGGAUGUUGCAAAGGAGUUGAUGGAGGGGCCGAGGUAUGGGGUUUCGAAUGUGGGUGUUGAGGAGCAUGAGUAG